GCCCCCUCUCCCCGCACAGUCAGCUGAUUACAGGUCAUGUGAUUCUGUGAAGUUCCCUUCUCUCACACACUCUGGUGACAUGGCUGCAGGAGAGGGACCGUCGUUUUGGCUCGGGAACGAAACGCUGAAAGUUCCAGCCGCCCUGUUUGCCCUGAACAGGAAACGCCUCUGUGAUAGGCUGCGGAACAACCGAGAUGUUCCCAAGUCGUCCAUUGUGCUGCUGCAUGGAGGAGAGGAGACCAACAGAUACUGCACGGACACCGGCGUCCUCUUCCGACAGGAAUCCUUCUUUCACUGGACGUUCGGGGUGACCGAGUCGGGCUGCUACGGAGCCAUCGAUGUCGAUACAGGAAAAUCUAUCCUCUUUGUGCCGAAACUUCCGGAGAGCUACGCUGUGUGGAUGGGGAAAAUUCACCCCCCAGAGCACUAUAAGCAGAAGUAUGCCAUCGAGGACGUCCGCUACACGUCUGAUAUUGCCGUUGUCUUGAGCACCAAGACCCCGUCCGUCCUUCUCACCCUGCGCGGGGUUAAUACUGACAGCGGAAGUGUCUGCAAAGAGGCCUCGUUCGAAGGAAUUAGCCAAUUCAGCGUGAACAACGCCUUGCUGCACCCGGAGAUCGUGGAAUGUCGCGUGUUUAAGACGGACAUGGAGUUGGAGGUGCUGCGCUACACGAAUAGGGUCUCCAGCGAAGCGCACAAAGAGGUCAUGAAAGCCACAAGAGUCGGGAUGAAGGAGUACGAGCUGGAGAGUGUGUUUUUGCACUAUUGCUACACACGUGGAGGAAUGAGACACACAUCGUACACCUGUAUCUGCGGCAGCGGCGAUAACUCCUCAGUUCUCCACUACGGACAUGCCGGAGCCCCCAAUGACAAGACCCUGCAAGAUGGCGACAUGUGCCUGUUUGACCUGGGAGGAGAAUAUUACUGCUACAGCUCGGACAUUACCUGCUCCUUUCCCGCCAACGGCAAGUUCACUCCAAACCAGAGAGCCAUCUAUGAGGCUGUGCUGAGGUCCUCCCGCGCCAUUAUGAACGCCGUGAAGCCAGGGGUGGCGUGGCCGGAUAUGCACCGACUGGCGGACCGCAUCCAUCUGGAGGAACUGACCAGGAUUGGCAUCUUGAAGGGCGAUGUGGAGGACAUGAUGAAGGCUCACAUGGGCGCGGUCUUCAUGCCGCACGGACUGGGUCAUUUCCUUGGGAUUGAUGUCCAUGACGUUGGAGGCUACCCAGAGGGCGUUGACCGCAUUGACUUGCCAGGACUGAAGAGCCUUCGCACGGCCCGGACUCUGCAAGAACGCAUGGUCCUCACCAUUGAGCCAGGGAUCUACUUCAUCGACCACGUUCUAGAUCAGGCGCUGGCCAAUCCCGCCCAGUCGUGCUUCAUCAAUAAUGACGUUCUCCAACGCUUCAGGGGCUUUGGUGGGGUGCGCAUAGAAGAUGAUAUCGCAGUCACCGCGAAGGGCAUGGAGUUGCUCACCUGCGUUCCGCGUACCGUGGAGGAGAUCGAAGCUUUCAUGGCUGACACCAAAGGCGGGGGCAAGACACUUACCAAGGUGGUUCUCAGCCAGCAGCUGUGAGCGCUCUUACGUGGACCCCGCGCAGCCAGCGUACUUCCUGUGCCUUAUAUUGAUCAACCUUAAUCGUUUUCUAUUAAACAAAUCACAAAGAGCAACAGAGCGAUUCAGAUCCUGCUUCCAAUCAUUCUGUUUCUUGUAGAGAUUGAACAGUCAAUAAAACUAAAUACAAGUCCAGCGCUGUUCACUAAGUGGAUGCAGUUUCGUUGGCGGAACAUCUUGGCAAAUCAACUGUGUUAUUGCUUUUCAGAUGCUUUAACAUAUCAGUUACCAAAUAAAUGCAUUUAAACAAUACAAGGAA